AUGAUUAUCCGGACAUUGCUUGGGUUAGCCGCAGUUCAAUUUGUCUCUGCAAAUGUCGUCCAACUGGAUUCAUCCAAUUUUGACACCAUAAUGCAAUCUAAUGAUGUUGUUUUUGUAAAUUUCUAUGCUGAGUGGUGUCGAUUUUCACAAAUAUUGAAGCCUAUUUUCCUCGAAGCCAGCCAGAAAUUCCAGAAUCUCCCACCAGGAAAAGUUGUAUGGGGAGCUGUUGAUGCUGAUCAGCAAGCUGCGCUUGCAACUAGAUUCCAAGUGAACAAGUAUCCAACUUUGAAACUCUUCCGAAAUGGAGAAAUUGUCCGCAAGGAAUACAGGUAG